GAAAAUUGUUAGAAUUUGGAUGGAAUGAAUGACAGCGUCGGUAAUUAUCCUUUUAUCAUUCUCCUCAUCUCACAGAGAGGUCUGCAGGCUGGUGUAAGGGUGAUAUGGCUAUGUAUGACGUGGAUUCCCAUUGAACCAUUCGCAGACUGUACACGUGUGAAGUACGAUGAGGCAUUUCAAUUUGUUUUACUAUCUCGGUAUCAUAAACAUUCGUUACGACACAAAAACCCAGUCUUUCCUACCCAGCAAAGUUCCCAAUUUGUUAACAUUUCUACUACACUUGGCAUUGCCAAAUGCUUUGCUGCUUUACGUUAUAUUGAUAGGCAAAAGUGGCAUUAUGAUCAACAUUCCUACUGUGCAUAUGAUUGUGUUUCACGUACGACUUGCCACCACUGUGGCGACGAUGAAUUACACUCUGCUUUUGAACUACUUCUACUCAAGCACUGCCCAGAUGGUUCUACUGAAUGAUUGCUUGACCAGGAUUAGGUGCCGGAAAUCUGUUUCGUUCCGGGGAUCAACGAUUGUGCUGGUUCUCUUUUCCGUGCAUUACAUUAACUAUGAACUCAACCAGUACACCUAUGUAGUGCGGUUCAAUGAGGAGCUGCCGGAAUUAACGUUUUUCGUAGUGUUUUACUUUACCGAAAUGAUCGCCGUCAUGACUAUGCUGUACUAUGGCUGCGUGCUGGCUGUUAUCGAAUGUACCGUCCAAUUGGACUGUGCUGACUUGGCCAAUCGUGCGGAUGGUCGUGUCCGGUUUUGGUCACCGUCACCGUAUUGUGACCACCGAUGGUGGCGUGAGUUUGAGCGUGUGGAUGUUUUGAACAACCGUAAGAGGCAGUUUUGUCGUGCUUUUGAAUUUCAACUGCUCGCCGUGAUAGCAAACACGUUUUUCACUUCGUUAAGCAUGUUUUAUGUUAAUUUUAACCAUCUGCUCUUGGCGAUACAUGAUCAGUGGAUCGUGGUUUAUAGUAGAGUGACGGAAUCAAUGGGUUUUUUCUCCCAACUCGGUGCACUACUCCUCAUUUGCUACCAUUCUUCCGCUCUUAACGAGCAGGUAGGCAAUUACCAUUUUCAAAAGUUCCCGAUGGAUGCGGUCAAUUUCAAGUCAUUGAUGAUGCAGAAUAUCGAACCCAUUUCUCUGUUUGGACUUUUCAAUCUGGAUAUGAACUUUUACUUCGGGAUGCUGGCAGCGAUUGUGACUUACCUAGUAGUAUUAGUGCAGUUUCGUGCCUUCGAAAUGGUUUGA